GAAUGAAGUGAACCCGGGAAAGAGUAAAUAAAUUCUAUUUUCAACCUCAAAUAGCUACGAGAUCCCCUGCUAUUGGGUCUUGAUAUACCACAGAGCCUCCUCGAAUCUCCUUGGUUUGGAUAUUACCAUCACGCGCCAGAAUCAGAUAUCAUCUCUCUAUCCUGUGAUCGUCGACGCCGAACGCGAUAUCUCUUAAAAACUUAGCUUCAACACCUUUCCCCUCUCGGCACAUCUUGGUUACCCCUCGACAACAACGCAAUGGCUGCUCUUGGUGAGGAUUUGCUCGGGAUAGUGAACAAGCUUCAAGAUCUUGUCUUUAACACUAUUGGCAAUGACAGCUUAGAUCUGCCUCAGAUUGUAGUCGUUGGAUCCCAAUCGUCUGGAAAAUCAUCCGUACUCGAGAACAUCGUCGGUCGAGAUUUCCUUCCCCGUGGUAGUGGGAUUGUUACUCGUAGACCCCUCAUUCUGCAACUUAUCAAUGUACCAUCAGAGGAAGAAGAUGCACCAGAGGCGCACACAGCCGCGAGUGUAGCUACACAACCAGAAUGGGCCGAGUUUCAUCAUAUCCCAAACAGGAGGUUUACAGAAUUUCAGGAUGUGAAGAGGGAAAUCGAGAACGAAACGGCGAGAAUAGCUGGAAACAACAAGGGGAUUAACAGAUCCCCCAUCAACCUUAAGAUUUACUCGCCCCACGUUCUUAGCUUGACUUUGGUCGAUCUGCCAGGUUUAACCAAGGUUCCUAUCGGAGAUCAACCCACAGAUAUCGAAAAGCAGACCCGAAAUCUGAUAUCGGAAUACAUCGCGAAACCAAACAGUAUCAUUUUGGCUGUAUCUCCAGCAAAUGUUGAUAUCGUCAAUUCAGAGGCUCUAAAACUUGCCAGGCAUGUCGACCCUCUUGGCCGAAGAACUAUUGGAGUUCUCACAAAAAUAGACCUUAUGGACCAUGGUACAAAUGCUAUGGAUAUCCUGUCAGGCAGAGUCUACCCCCUUAAGCUGGGAUUUAUCGGUGUCGUCAACAGAUCACAGCAAGAUAUUCAAGGGAACAAGACCCUUUCCGAGGCCUUGAAGUCAGAAGCGGACUUCUUCAAACACCACCCUGCAUACAGAAAUAUGGCAACCCGAUGCGGAACCCAAUUCCUGGCAAAAAGUCUCAACACUACUUUGAUGGCGCAUAUUCGAGAGAGAUUACCUGAUAUCAAGGCUCGUUUGAACACCCUCAUGGGACAAACACAACAAGAGCUUGCUAGUUAUGGAGAUAUGCAUUUCAGUGGCAAGGAACAUAAAGGUGCAUUGAUUUUGCAAUUGAUGACUAGAUUUGCAUCUUCAUUCAUCGCAUCCAUUGAUGGUACCUCAACGGAGAUCUCGACCAAGGAGUUAUGCGGAGGAGCCAGAAUAUACUAUAUCUUCAAUUCAGUAUUUGGUAAUUCAUUAGAAACUAUAGACCCAACGACAAAUCUUUCCGCUUUAGAUAUCCGAACAGCAAUCCGAAAUUCGACUGGUCCACGACCUAGCUUAUUUGUACCCGAGCUCGCAUUCGAUCUUUUAGUCAAGCCACAAAUCAAGUUAUUGGAGGUUCCCAGUCAAAGAUGCGUGGAACUAGUUUAUGAAGAGCUGAUUAAGAUAUGUCACACUUGCGGCUCAACUGAACUCACUAGAUUUCCCAGGCUCCAGACCAAGCUUAUCGAGGUGGUCUCUGACCUGCUGCGCGAACGUCUUGGCCCAGCUUCUCAAUAUGUGGAGUCUCUUAUCUCCAUUCAAAGGGCAUAUAUCAACACAAACCAUCCCAAUUUCCUGGGCGCAGCUGCAGCAAUGAGUAACGUUGUUUCUAAUAAACAAGAAAAGGAGAGGAGAAGGUUGAUUCAGGAAGAAAAGGAGAGAAAGGAGCAUAGACGCCGAAAGGAGCUUGAAGCUGCAAAUGGAGGGGAAACUCCAGAAGAAGAAGCGGAUGCUGUUCCAGAGAAGCUCGAAAACUUACCCCACCGAAAACACCUCCAAAAAACAUCUCGAAGCAUGUCACCUGCAAUCCGGGAAAACGGUACAAGCGCCAUGGUAUCAUCAAUGAAUGGACUUCGUGGAGGAUCACCACCAAGGUUCAACGGCCAAGCAGCCGGUGGUGCUCGUGAUUCGUUCUUGAAUUACUUCUUUGGCAAAGACGGUGGUUUACCAGGUGGAGCAGGCGUCCCACAAGCAUCUUCGUCAGCGCAAAUGAUGGGAAAUCCAAACCUCGGCAGACACGUGAGCCAAAGCGCAGAACCAAGUAUUACACAAAGUAUCAGGCGGCAGGAAGAACGUCCUGUUCAAAGAACACCAGCCCAACAAGCUCGUGAGGAUGAUUACGAACUUGGCCGUGCACAGAGAGAUUACAAUUAUGAUUCUCCCUUCGGAAAUAACGCCGAGCCAGCACUCACAGACCGUGAAGCUAUGGAAACCGAACUCAUCCGUGCCCUUAUAUCAUCUUACUUCAACAUUGUCCGUGAAUCAAUAGCAGACCAAGUCCCCAAAGCUGUUAUGCAUUUACUUGUCAACCACUCCAAAGACGUGGUCCAAAACCGUCUGGUUAGCGAAUUGUAUCGUGAAGACUUAUUUGGUGAGCUACUCUACGAAGAUGAUGCAGUGAAGAAGGAGAGAGAGAAGUGCGAGAAGUUGUUGAGGACGUACAAGGAAGCUGCCAAGAUUGUAGGAGAAGUGGGCAUUUAAGAGGUUGGGGUUCAGAGCGCAUGAUAAAAAUAUAGAUGGAUGUGACGAUGAUACGCAAUGCAAUUUCAUGACCCUUUCAUGAUGGUUUGGUGGGCACAAAGGAUUGGUGAUAGGUGAUGAAGGAUAGGCUUGGUGAUGGAUAUGAGAAGAAAAGAAACCCCGGCGAGAUCAGUACUUGUAGAUUACACACACAGCUCUUACUCUGCAUUGUCCACACUACUUAUGGAAUAUGGAACGUGGAACGAAAAACGAACUGUAAUCUUUUCCUACUCCAGAAGCAUUAUUCCUGACUUCUUGAUACUUGUGUCGUUACACUCACUGUACUUUAUGCAAGCCAUUGUAUUCCGGUUCUUUUCUCUUUUACUUUCUCUCGUUUCUUGGGAUUCUUAUAUUAGAUGAUUAUUUAUAACAAUGAAUCCAAUGGCGAUGAUUGUCGA